GAAUUACUGAUCCAUUGGACUUUCCGUUAGCACUUGAUCAGUUGUUGAAGUUGGAAAUGGCUAUGAAGGUUAAGUGGCAUCCACGCUGGAAGAACUGUUCCGUCGUUAUGAUUAUAAAAAAUGAUCCUAUUAUCCAGCAACUUAAGGAAAAAUGGGGAACAGAUGAGGAACCUAUUCCAAUCCAAACUGUCGUACCUGAUACUCUGGAGAUUAAAGAGAGUGUUGAUGAAGCUAAAACAGAUGCCAAUGAAGACUGUGAAUUGGUUACAGACCUGGAAAUUACAUCUGAACACAAGCCGGAUGCUGUUACACCUGGUGGUAAGAGACAUCUUCCUGCUGCAUCAAGUGAAUCUAUUGAUGGGGAACUGUCAUCAAACAAGCUGAAGAAGAUAAUUAAAAUGGAGAAGAUUGAUUAGGAAUAUUUUUAUUUUGUGUGUGUUUUGCUUAGGUGUUUGUUACAAAAACUGAAUGUUAGUUUCCUUUGCUUUUAAUCAUGUGUGUGAUUUCAUUUUCUGUAAUAAUUAGUGCAUGAAU